AUCACCAGGCGAUGGUAGAACCCGAUAACCGCGCGCUUAUAAAUACGGCUGCUCGUCAGGCUGAGGGGACAGUUCGGGGGUGACAGCGCCGACGGUGGCACGCUCUCUCAGUGUCGACAGGUGACGAUUAAGUGGCACAGGAGGUUUGCUACUAGGUGGGGGAGCCCCGAUCACCCCUUAUGAAGGAGGGGACACAUUUUGGUGGUCUGAGCCACAGAUAGAUCUAGGUGUCACCAGCCAGCGAGAGUUCGCCGCCGAGAGACGGGAGAAGCCAGUCAUGUCAGUCAGCAGCGAGGACGCCGAGUCGCACGCGUCGGACUCCGGCGCUGAGGAGACCUGGGUCAGAAGUCCCGGGAGCGCCGCCAGCUCGUCUUCGGAGUCCAGCGACUGUUCCGUGGACGUCAAAGUCAAGAGAACACGGUCUUCUUCAACCGAGGAGAUCAACUACAACCUGCGACCGAAGACCAUUCUCAAUAUCAUCGAGUCGGAAAAGCGUCGGCACCAACCGAGAAAACCCAAGCCGCGGCAGAAGCCACCGCCGCUCAGCAAGUACCGACGGAAGUCGGCCAACUCGCGGGAGCGGGACCGCAUGCACCAGAUAAACUACGCCUUCGAGGCCCUGCGCUGCGUCGUGCCAAAGCUGCCGCCGUCGGCGACUCAGGAUGCUAGUCAUGCCGGGAAGAUGACCAAAAUCACUACCUUAAGACUGGCUAUGAACUACAUAAGCGCACUGCAGCAGUUACUUAAGGACGAUGACGACGGCAACGUGUCCGGGUCGUCGACCUGUACGGAGGACCAGGGCGAUUACAAACCCGAGUCUGCUUCGCAAACCACCACGGACGUUUUUAUGGGGAGCAGACCGUCUCCCCCUGACUACUUCGGCACGACUUGCGAUGUCGACGUCAAGGAGGAGCACAUGGAGGGGGCGUGACCCGCGCUAAGGUGAGACGACCGGGACUCAAUUUGCCAAACUGCUGGCCAGAAAAUCACCCGUGUUAUUUCAUUCUACAUUGUCGUGCGCUGUCAACCAACGACGCCAGGGACAAAGGGCGGAGCCAGGGACUGAAUGAAGCUUCUAAAAACUGUGAAAACUGUCUGUUGUUUCGACAAGACGCGAUUCGGCGUACUACGGACACUACCCGAGUCGCUCUGGCGCAUGCCAAUGACCCAAACAACUGCUCGCACUACUGACUGUGUGUACCUAACAGAUCAGGUACUCUUCUUCCUCUGUAAGAUUGAGAACAAUCUGUACAAAGAUUGGCUAGACCAGUACUAGUUGUUUUUAAUUCCUUGGACAAACUACCUCACCCGCAGCAGCAGUAGUUUAGGAAUUUUUUUCCGUCGAAAGGCCAAAUAUUUCACCUCCGUAGCUACGUGUAUUGCUCAGACCAGGUGCACGGUCCCAAGCUUUCGUACACACGGAAGGGGAGGGGCCGUAGCUAGAAAAAGCGACAUGCCAAAAUAGGAGUAACGCAUUCUUUUGUGAAUACACAUUUCAACUAUCUCUUCCGGGUGGAUAUGUUUAUAUCCGCUACAAAUCUUUGUACAUAUUUUCCGUUCGAGCUGUGUUUUUCUACUGUAUAUUUAUCCAAGACAGUGUGGUAUUUGUGUUUUCAACAACACUCUGCCAUCGUACAAGUAGUGGAUCAUUGUCCAUAGUAACUUCCUGCCUCAAAGAAUAGUUUUAUAUUUGUAGAAUAUGUACUAUAUGUGCUACUAGUCGGCAGCGAUGACAAAUAAUUGUUUUUGUUUGUCAGAACUUUGUACAAAUAAAUUCAGAGAAGUGGA